UGUAAUUUGACAUUUCGGCAUUAUUCUUGAAUUCCGCACUGUCAUUUGAUUUGCAGUUUUUGUGGUAAUUUGUGAAGAAAAUACGUAAAAAUGAGUUUAUCAGAGCUGUGUGGUAUGUCAGAUUUUGACGACAAAAUCAAUUCUGAAUAUCGCGGCGAUUUAAACACGUUCUGUGGCAAUUUUACUAACAAUUUGGAACUUGGUGUACCCCCAUUUUCAAACCCUGCCAAAAAUUUCGCCAGUGUUUCUAAAGAUGAAUUUGGACGUGAGAUCAAAAUUCAAUUUGAUCAUGGUACCACAACGUUGGGUUUUAUGUACCAGGGGGGUGUUGUUUUGGCUGUAGAUUCUAGGGCUACUGGGGGUCAAUUUAUUGGAUCUCAGACCAUGAAAAAAAUUGUAGAAAUCAAUGAUUUCUUAUUAGGAACAUUGGCUGGAGGUGCUGCCGAUUGUGUAUACUGGGACAGAGUCCUAGCAAAACAAUGCAGAAUGUAUGAACUUCGUAACAGAGAAAGAAUUUCUGUAGCCGCAGCCUCAAAGUUAAUGUCCAACAUGGUAUACAAUUACAAGGGCAUGGGUUUAUCAAUGGGUAUGAUGUUGGCAGGAUGGGACAAAAGGGGACCCCAACUGUACUACAUUGACUCAGAAGGAACUAGAACCCCUGGAAAAGUGUUCAGUGUUGGUUCAGGUUCCAUUUACGCUUUUGGUGUGCUCGAUUCAGGUUACAAAUGGGAUUUGACAGAUGAGGAAGCUUACGAUUUAGGGCGUAGGUCAAUUUACCAUGCCACACACAGAGAUGCUUACUCUGGAGGUAUUGUCAGGGUAUACCACAUGAAAAACACUGGAUGGGUACACAUUGAUAACACUGAUUGCAUGGAACUACAUUAUAAGUACCAGGAUGAAAAAUUGCAAAAAUCCAAUGAAAUUGCUACUAAAUAAGUUCUUUAUUAUAAUUUUAUUAACAUUAUUUUGAUAAUAAAUCUUUUAAAUAGGUAA